GUAGCUGCCCUGCUUUCUGUCUCAGACUCAAAUCCCGGAAUGAAUUGAGUUAGAAUUCCACAUCCAGUUGAAGUUUGGCUGGUUUAGCAGGCUGACCAUCAGAAUUCCCCUUAGCAGAAGGUGUGGACCAGAUUGGAUUCCUAGAUUUGCAACCAGCAAGACUCCUGCCUAAUCUUUCGCUGAGGAGCUUGCUUUGCUGGGCAUUGUUCCUUUCAUCAACUUUGCACGGUGGAGCCAGCCAGCUGGGUGUAACUGAGAAUAAUAGCUUCUUGGCUCUGUUUUUCCGCUGGGCAAGCAGCAGUGUUCGGGCUUAAAGUUCAUCCUGUGGCUUUCCUCUCAAACCAUGGAGUGCUUCUGAAUGGAUUUCUUCCUCUUAAAAACAGCACUUGCAUUUUAAAACUUGAAAAUUUAUGGUUUUAAUGUGUUUUUUUCCCUUUUCAUUUUUUUAACUCUUAUUUGGUUGCAGAAACAAGCUGCAGGAUAAGAGUCAAGCCAGGAUCCAGAGGCAUGUACCAGGUUUGGAGACCACACAUGGGACCAUUUCAGGCAACACUUCGGGCUAAGCCCAAGGCAUCAGCUAGCAAUAAUUGCUAAAAAUAGACUGAAAGGAACAGGACAGGGCAUUGUCUUCCAAGAUAAACUCAGUUAACCAUCCUAACAAAAAGUAAAGGAAAGAAACAAAAAUUACAACUGAGGGAGAAAAUGAAGCGAUUAUUACAAGAGUCAGAGGAAGAAAUCAUGGUUACCCUGGGACCCUCCUCCAGGCUUUCCCCAACUAAAACUAAGGUAGAAUCUGUGUGUGGCAUUAAGAGCAAGUCCGCAGGACCUUCUGGAUCUUCACUAGAGGACAGCUCCCUGCCACCUUUCUAUGAGUCUAAAGACUCAGCCAACAGUGGUGAUAAGGAUGGGGGCCUGGCACAACCUUGCAACUUUGGACAUCAGGCCAACAACCAGCUUUCUAGAGAUUCUACUGUAGGUCCUUCAGGAUCUGGAUCUCAAGACCUCACCUCUACCAGUACUUCCACAAGCUGCCAAGAGACCUCAGAGAGGAAUCCAACAAAGUUCUUUUUGUCUAGAGACUACAGCCAAGGAUGCAGCCAUACACAGCGAGAGCCUUUGGGGGAUGUAGUAGAAUAUAUUGUUAGAGAGUUGCAAGGUAUCAGCCAUCUUCAGACUGAGAUUGCUGAGCUGCGUCAGCAUUUGAGCCUAGUCCGGGGUUCAGUAGAUGAAGUGUCUAACUGUGUAGACUCAGUUCUAAGUGAAAUAGAAGGCUUACAGGUGGGCAGCAGCUCCCUGGCCAAGGUAUGUAUAGGAGAAAAGGCUCCAGAACCUCAUGUGGACAGACCCAAUGAGGAAGCCAUUCUGUAUCUGUAUGGACUUCCUGAGCAAGAUGGGGAAAAUACCAUGGAGCUGGUGCAUAGCUUCCUGGCUAAGCACCUCUGUAUUAAUGGCAUGCAGUGCAACAGGUAUAUCAGAGAGGCUUAUAGGGAAGGCCAAGCCACAGCUCCCAGGCCAACUGUUGUAAAGCUGACUCAUCUAGCACAUAGAGACUUUAUCUUGCAGAAAUCUGCCCUCUUGCAGAAUGUAGGGGUCUGGAUUGCCACCAGCAAUGAACCAAGCUGCCCAGAGAGUAAUAAAAAUCUCCCAAAAGAAUCCUUAACAUUUUCCAAACAGCAACUUCAGUAUCAUAAUGUGGAUUCUUCAAACCUGGAUAAACCAUUUCUUCAUGUAGAUACAGGGGACAGUGAGCUCAUGACAGAAGCACACCAAAAGAGCAUAUCAAAAGAAGCACACCAGAAUGAGCAUAGAGAAGCCAAAACCUCUGAGCAGAAAGUCCUUUGCUUCCCACCGAAGAACAGUCUGGCAAAGCAAAAUGAUAUGUCUAAGCCAGUGGAUGAAGAAAUAGGAACACCGGGAACAUCACAAGUUUUUAGUGGCAACUGUGGUGAACUGACAGGUAAAGAAUCUUCUCUGUCCACCCUUUGCCAAUUUGAAGAACCUUCUCUAAUGUUAAUUUCAAAAGAGGAAGAUUAUGGAAAACCCCAGGUUUUCAAACAGUGCAGUCAAGGACUUGAAGCAUGUAAAAUAGCAAAAAGGGAAAAUGACUGCAGUAAUAAAAGUGAGGCCAGCAACUACCUAUCAUUAUCUGAAUUGCUAAAGACAGAGGACAAACUCUUGGCCUGUGAAGCUGGGCUGGGUAUUCUGAGCUCAAAGCAAUUGGAGGACAUUUUGACAGACAAGUCCAGAGUGUUUACAACUCUGAGCUGUGACAAGAUGGUGGAGGAAAUUUUCACAGGGCCCAAGAAUUUCAAUGACAUGGUUCAUAUUGAUUUGAAUGAAGAGGAGUGUGCUGCUCAUGUCCUUCAGGAUGUCUUUGAGAAGUCCCCUUGUGGUCUUAGUGGCUCACAGGAAGAGGAAGAUGCAGAAAUCAAGUAUCAUACAAGUAAAUUGGGUCGAGCAAUUCACCACUUUCGUUCAGCUUUGCAGGGAGUGUUUCAGAAGCUGGAGAACAACGGAUCCAUCAGUCCUGAGGACCUGGAGAGCAACGAGAGUGGUUCCCAGUCAGAGAAUAGUGAUAGACUUCUUGGGACAGUGAGUUCAGGUGGUAUCCAUGAUUUCUCAGUGGAGAGUCCUGGGAGCCAGGAGAGCUUACUCAGUGUGGUCUCUGGGGGAGUGGGCAUCUCCACACAGGGAGACCAAAGCUUUCAAGAUCACAACAACUUCUCUCUGGCUUCUAGCAAUUCACCUCUCCAGUGUUCAUUGCCAAGUUUUGCUCCAUGUCUAGGAUCUGAAACUUGUUCCAGGCUCGAAUCUCCCAAGCAGGGACAAAUAAGCCUAGAGCAAGUAUGUGUAGAGACCAUCUACCUCAACAAGUGCAUCAACAAUUUUAAAAAUGUUCUAAAAGAGAAAAGAUUAAGGCAGAAAAAACUUUUGCACGAGCUAGUACAGAAGGCAAACCAUCUCUCCAUAGAAGACAUAGAUUCAGAAGGAAAGCGAGGAACUCUUCAGAUUCCAGAUGAUGGUGAUCCUUCUCUGCCCCAGUGGCUCCCAGAAGGGCCUGCUGGAGGACUCUAUGGCAUUGACAGCAUGCCAGAUCUGCGUAGAAAGAAACCACUGCCUCUUGUCAGUGAUUUGUCACUGGUCCAGUCCCGAAAGGCGGGCAUUACUUCUGCAAUGGCUACACGUACCUCUCUCAAGGAUGAAGAGCUGAAAUCCCACGUGUAUAAGAAAACGCUUCAGGCCUUAGUCUACCCUAUCUCGUGCACUACACCUCACAACUUUGAGGUCUGGACAGCCACCACCCCGACCUACUGCUAUGAGUGUGAAGGUCUCCUCUGGGGCAUUGCCCGGCAGGGCAUGCGCUGCAGUGAGUGUGGAGUCAAAUGCCAUGAGAAGUGUCAGGACCUGCUCAAUGCUGACUGCCUACAGCGGGCUGCAGAGAAGAGUUGUAAACAUGGAGCUGAGGACCGGACUCAGAACAUUAUCAUGGCCAUGAAGGAUCGCAUGAAGAUCCGAGAACGAAAUAAGCCAGAAAUAUUUGAAGUUAUCCGAGAUGUGUUCACUGUGAGCAAAGUUGCCCAUGUGCAACAGAUGAAGACUGUGAAGCAGAGUGUGUUGGAUGGCACCUCCAAAUGGUCAGCCAAGAUUACUAUCACUGUGAUGUGUGCCCAGGGCCUUCAAGCCAAGGAUAAGACAGGAUCCAGUGACCCAUACGUGACUGUGCAAGUGGGCAAAACCAAGAAGCGCACCAAGACUAUUUUUGGAAAUCUGAAUCCUAUUUGGGAGGAAAAAUUCCAUUUUGAGUGCCACAACUCUUCUGACCGCAUUAAGGUACGUGUGUGGGAUGAGGAUGAUGACAUCAAGUCAAGAGUAAAACAGCGACUAAAACGAGAGUCUGAUGAUUUCCUUGGCCAAACCAUCAUUGAGGUUCGGACUCUAAGCGGCGAGAUGGAUGUCUGGUACAACUUGGAGAAGAGGACAGACAAAUCAGCCGUCUCAGGGGCUAUCCGGUUACAAAUCAGUGUGGAAAUCAAGGGGGAGGAGAAAGUAGCUCCAUAUCAUGUGCAGUAUACGUGUCUCCAUGAGAACCUCUUCCAUUACCUCACUGAUAUUCAGGGCAGUGGAGGAGUCCGGAUCCCCGAGGCUAGAGGAGAUGAUGCAUGGAAGGUGUACUUUGAUGAGACUGCUCAAGAAAUUGUGGAUGAAUUUGCCAUGCGCUAUGGCAUUGAGUCCAUAUAUCAGGCUAUGACGCACUUUGCAUGUUUGUCAUCUAAAUACAUGUGUCCUGGUGUGCCAGCAGUGAUGAGCACUUUACUGGCCAACAUCAAUGCCUACUAUGCCCAUACAACUGCUUUCACCAAUGUCUCUGCUUCUGAUCGCUUUGCAGCUUCCAACUUUGGGAAAGAGAGAUUUGUAAAACUACUGGACCAGCUGCAUAACUCACUGAGGAUUGACCUCUCUACGUAUAGGAAUAAUUUCCCUGCUGGGAGCCCUGAGAGACUUCAGGACUUAAAGUCCACAGUGGAUUUGCUGACUAGCAUUACUUUCUUCAGAAUGAAGGUACAAGAAUUGCAGAGCCCUCCAAGAGCCAGCCAAGUGGUAAAAGACUGUGUGAAGGCCUGUUUGAACUCCACAUAUGAAUAUAUUUUCAACAACUGCCAUGAUUUGUACAACCGCCAGUACCAACUGAAACAGGAGUUACCUCCAGAAGAACAAGGGCCUAGCAUUCGGAACCUGGAUUUUUGGCCCAAACUCAUCACACUAAUUGUGUCAAUUAUUGAGGAGGAUAAGAAUUCUUACACACUUGUUCUGAACCAGUUUCCUCAGGAGCUGAAUGUGGGAAAAGUCAGCGCAGAAGUAAUGUGGCAACUCUUUGCCCAAGACAUGAAAUACGCACUGGAGGAGCAUGAGAAAGAUCGACUGUGUAAGAGUGCAGACUACAUGAACCUGCACUUCAAGGUGAAGUGGCUACACAAUGAAUAUGUGCGGGAUCUGCCUGCCCUCCAGGGACAUGUGCCCGAGUAUCCAGCGUGGUUUGAACAAUUUGUUUUACAAUGGCUGGAUGAAAAUGAAGAUGUGUCCAUGGAAUUCUUGCAUGGGGCCCUGGAACGAGACAAGAAGGAUGGGUUCCAACAGACAUCAGAACAUGCACUCUUUUCCUGCUCUGUGGUGGACGUUUUCACACAGCUCAAUCAGAGCUUUGAAAUCAUCCGGAAGCUGGAAUGCCCAGACCCUGCUAUACUGUCUCAUUACAUGAGGAGAUUUGCUAAGACCAUCAGAAAAGUACUGAUACAGUAUGCAGAUAUCUUAUCAAAGGACUUUCCAGCUUAUUGCAAAAAGGAGAAAAUGCCCUGCAUCCUGAUGAACAACAUGCAGCAACUGAGGGUCCAGCUGGAAAAAAUGUUUGAGGCCAUGGGAGGCAAGGAGUUGGACCCUGAAGCUUCAGACAGUCUGAAGGACCUGCAGGUGAAACUGAAUACAGUUCUGGAUGAGCUCAGCAUGGUGUUUGGAAACAGUUUCCAGGUACGGAUUGAAGAGUGUGUUCGACAAAUGGCUGACAUCCUGGGCCAGGUACGCGGCACAGGAAAUGCAUCCCCCAGUGCCAGGGCCUCUGUGGCUCAGGAUGCAGAUAGCGUACUCCGGCCACUCAUGGACUUCUUGGAUGGAAACCUUACACUCUUUGCCACUGUGUGUGAGAAGACAGUCCUAAAGCGUGUGCUGAAGGAACUCUGGAGGGUGGUAAUGAAUACAAUGGAAAGGAUGAUUGUUCUGCCUCCACUCACUGACCAUACGGGCACUCAGUUGAUCUUCACUGCCGCUAAAGAGCUGAGCCAUCUUUCCAAACUCAAGGAUCACAUGGUGCGAGAAGAAACAAGAAGUCUCACUCCAAAGCAGUGUGGUGUCCUUGACCUCGCCUUAGACACCAUCAAGCAAUACUUUCAUGCAGGAGGCAAUGGACUGAAGAAAACCUUCCUGGAGAAGAGCCCAGAUCUGCAAUCCCUACGCUAUGCUCUGUCUCUAUAUACACAGACCACAGACACACUCAUCAAGACCUUUGUGCGCUCACAGAUUGCCCAGGUGCAUGAUGGGAAAGGUAUUAGGUUUACUGCUAAUGAGGACAUUCGGCCGGAAAAGGGGUCUGGUGUGGAGGAUCCUGUGGGAGAAAUCUCUAUUCAGGUGGACUUGUUUACACACCCUGGUACAGGAGAACACAAGGUUACAGUGAAAGUGGUGGCCGCCAAUGACCUCAAGUGGCAGACAGCGGGUAUGUUCCGGCCCUUUGUGGAGGUGACUAUGGUUGGUCCACACCAAAGUGAUAAGAAGAGAAAGUUCACAACCAAGUCAAAAAGCAACAACUGGGCCCCCAAGUACAAUGAGACAUUUCAUUUCCUCCUGGGAAACGAAGAGGGACCAGAGGCCUAUGAGCUGCAAAUAUGUGUGAAGGAUUACUGUUUCGCCCGAGAGGAUCGAGUUCUGGGACUGGCUGUGAUGCCUCUGAGAGAUGUGGCUGCCAAGGGCAGCUGUGCCUGCUGGUGUCCUUUGGGCAAGAAGAUCCACAUGGAUGAGACAGGCAUGACCAUUCUUCGAAUUCUGUCUCAGAGGAGCAAUGAUGAAGUUGCCCGAGAAUUUGUGAAGCUCAAAUCAGAGUCACGUUCCACAGAGGAGGGGAGCUGAGAACCUUGACUAUUGUGCCAACCAGAUGGCAAAAUUUCCACAAAACGGCCAACGGAAGUUACAGUGUCGCCAGCUUGGGAUCCUCCUGGUUAAGUGACUAGAUCCAUCAGUUGGGAAGAUUUUGGAGUGUUGAGAAUAUGUCUAUUGACAGAAAAAGUGGUUAUGAAUCCUUGACCAGCAGGGUUUUGGUGCUAGGAGCUGGAUUGUUGGGAUUACCACAGAGAAAGAUUUCUUUUCUUUCUUUUUUUUUUUUUUUUUUUGAAAAAGAGAGGAAUGUAUAUUUGGGAAUGUCUGCUAUUCUUGGCCAACACUCCAUUACCCCAUGUCUGCCCAUCUCUAGACUAAUACCAUAUCCAAUCAGACACAUAUGCCCCCAAAAAGUAAUCAGUUGAGUGUAUGAGUAAACCUAGAUCUAGUAUCAGGAUUGGAGUAUGCCCAAAGGAAACACACAAAAUAGAAUUCAGACUUUCUCUUGAGCAGAAGCUACUGGUUUUGUGUGGCUCCAAUAAGAACAAGGUUUUGAAACUGAACAAGAUACCUUCCAGAAAUGGGUUGUGUUACUCCCUUUUUCAUAAAACUAGGUUCACAUGGUGCUUCAGAGCUCUGAGCAGAAUAUUCUUUGGAACACAGCACCAGGGACCACCUGCCCAGGAGUUUCCCUACCUCACUCCUGUAGGAAGGGGAAUGAUGCUUUAGAACAUUAGAGACUAUUUUUUAUGCAUAUACACAUGAAGGACCAGGAGAGAGAGCUGUAUUUUCUUCUUGGAUAGGACCUGAACAAAGCCAAAAUUAGUGGAAAUGAGGCUAGAAAAAGUCCUCCUCACCUAGAGUCACUGCCUUUUGACGGUCCUUCCCCUUGUAGAAGGAAUUUAUCCUUUGGCCUCACUCUCCUUCAUGUAGGUUAGCUGCUAUUCCCUUCAGAGAUAUUCAACCAAACAGAAGGAGCUAAACUAUGGUUUCUCUGUAUAAGAUGAAUCAAGGAGGCCUCAAUACUCCCUUGGAGAUUAGAAAUAAACUCACGGGGUUUUAUGGACUUACCAGAUCAAUGCUCAAAGAUGUGAUAUGAUCCCUUGGUAUCUCCAAUAGCAGCCUUCUGGACAUCCUGAGGACUCUGCAUUGUUCACAAAUAUAAAGGCCAUUACAUGAAAUGAUAAAUUAAGCAUAUUUGAUGUUAUUAUUAUAUGUGCCAUUGUUAUUGGAGAUUUUUGGUAGUAUAUAAUAAAUUAUCUUAUAACAGCC